AUGAAGCUACAACUACCAAAUCCAGGUCUGGAGGACAGGAUAUUGUCCCAUCAGCAGCUAAACGAGCUGGAGGAGGAAGAGGCUGGAGAUAGACCAAAAUGGGACAACAAGACCCAGUACAUGCUGACCUGUGUGGGGUUUUGUGUGGGACUUGGAAAUGUCUGGCGCUUCCCCUAUUUGUGUCAGAGUCAUGGAGGAGGUGCAUUUAUGAUUCCCUUUCUGAUCCUGCUGGUUCUUGAAGGAAUCCCACUUCUGCAUCUUGAGUUUGCCAUUGGUCAGCGAUUGAGAAGAGGCAGUUUAGGAGUGUGGGCAACAAUCCAUCCUUAUUUGACUGGGAUUGGUAUUGCAUCCAUGUGUGUAUCUCUGACAAUCAGCCUUUACUACAACACCAUCAUUGCCUGGAUUCUCUGGUAUUUUUUCAACUCAUUUCAAGAACCUCUACCUUGGAGCCAUUGUCCCAUGAACGCCAAUUUAACAGGCCUGGUCUCAGAGUGUGAGCGAAGCUCUCCAGUGGAUUACUUCUGGUACAGGGAGACCCUAAACACAACUGCAAUGAUUGAAGAGGACGGUGGGAUACAGUGGUGGAUACUGUUAUGUCAUAUUUGUGCGUGGUCUCUCCUCUAUAUCUGCAUCAUACGUGGUAUUGAGACCACUGGGAAGGCUGUAUACGUGACUUCAACCCUUCCCUAUGUGGUACUGACAAUUUUUCUGAUUAGAGGAUUGACCCUGAAAGGCUCUUUGAGUGGAAUAAAGUUUCUCUUUACACCAGAUUUGUCAGAGCUAGCAAAGCCAUCAACCUGGCUGGAUGCAGGUGCUCAAGUUUUCUAUUCCUUCUCUCUGGCUUUUGGUGGUCUCAUUUCCUUCUCCAGCUACAACUCAGUGCAUAACAAUUGUGAACAGGAUGCUGUGAUCAUCUCUAUCAUCAAUGGUAUCACCUCUGUCUAUUCUGCCACUGUCAUUUACACAAUCAUUGGCUUCAGAGCAACAGAAAGAUUUGACAACUGUCUUGCUGGAAACAUCAUGUCAUUACUCAAUGUGUUUGAUCUUGCUGAGGGCGACAUUACUGACAGCAACUACAACCAAGUUUUACAACAUCUUAAUGAAACAUAUCCUGAAGUUAUUCAAGAGAUAGAUCUGAAGACCUGCGAUUUGAAUACUUUUCUCAGUGAAGGAGUUGAAGGAACUGGAUUAGCCUUUAUUGUGUUCACUGAGGCCAUCACAAAGAUGCCCUUCUCACCGGUGUGGUCGGUCCUUUUCUUCAUAAUGCUCUUCUGCCUCGGCCUGUCUUCUAUGUUUGGUAACAUUGAAGGAGUCUUGGUACCACUGCAAGACCUCAAAGUUUUUCCUAAGACAUGGCCCAAAGAAGUUGUCACUGGUGUAACAUGCAUGCUCUGCUGUCUGGUGGGUCUGAUAUUUCUCCAAGGCUCAGGGAACUAUUGGCUUUCACUCUUUGACACCUAUGGAGGAUCCAUCCCUCUGCUAGUAGUUGCAUUCUGCGAGAUGUUCUCAGUGGUAUACAUAUAUGGAAUAGACAGGUUCAAUGAUGAUAUCAAGUUCAUGAUUGGACACAAACCCAACAUAUUCUGGCAAGCAUCAUGGAGAAUCAUCAGCCCACUCAUUAUGCUGUUCAUCUUGGUCUUUUACAUAAUUACUAAAAUUUCUGAAGAGGUCCUUUACAAAACCUGGGAUCCUGAAUCGGAACAAUUUCCAACAUUGGUAGAAAAGCCAUAUCCAACCUGGAUCUAUGUGAUCAUCUUCAUAUUGGCCGGAAUUCCAAGUAUUGCUGUACCUUUAGUCGCUGUAUGGAAAUGUUUAAAGCCAAGGAAGAGUGAUAAGUCAGAUCUCCAUUUUAUCUCUGACCAAAUUCAUAUUAAGAGUGUGAUCAGAAAAACCUCAGCCUAA